UUCAGGCUGCUCUCUCACCUCUUACACUUUCUCUCCCUCCCUCUCUCUUUCUCUCUCUCUCUCUCUCUCUCCUUUCUCGCGCGCGCAGAGCUCGCCCCCCCGGGCCGUGACGACCACUCCGUCCCCCCCCUCUGCGCUCUCUCUCUCGGCUGUGGUGUUGGUGAGGGGUUUAGGGUGGGUAGGGUGGUGUACAGUGACGGACAUGAGCAGCCCCGAUGCGGGCUACGGCAGCGACGAGCCGCGCGUGAGCAUGGCCGGCGCGGGCCGGUGCGCGUGGACCGAGGCGCAGAGCCCCGCGACCGAGAGCAAAGGGGCGCGCGCGCGCACGGAGCCGCGCAUCCGCAGACCCAUGAACGCGUUUAUGGUGUGGGCCAAAGACGAGCGCAAGAGGCUCGCGCAGCAGAACCCGGACCUGCACAACGCGGAGCUUAGCAAGAUGCUCGGUAAGUCAUGGAAAGCAUUGUCCAUGGUGGACAAGCGGCCUUUUGUGGAGGAGGCGGAGCGGCUGCGCGUGCAGCACAUGCAGGAUCAUCCCAACUACAAGUACCGACCUCGCCGCCGCAAACAGGUGAAGAGGAUCAAGAGGUUAGAUUCUGGCUUCCUGCUGCCCGGCGCCUCCGAGCCCCCGGCCCCUCUAGGCAUGGACAGUCUCGGGGUGGGUUAUUCCCUGCCCCCAAUGGGUUUGCCUCAGGCUGGCCUACCCCAGUACUGCGAUGCUCAGGGACUGUUUGAAUCCUACAGCCUGCCCACCCCGGACUCUUCACCGAUGGACGCAGUGGGGACAGAGACUGUGUUCUUUGCAGGCCACACUCAGGAAGACAGCCAUUCUCAGGCAGCUUACAGCUAUCACCACCUCCACCACCAUCAAGAGUACGCACCUCAAGGGCAUCAGCACACCCUCCUUAACCCGCAGGUUCAUGGUAACAACCGCAAUGACGCGCAUUCGCAUGUUAGCAUCAACACACAUACGAACGCUAACCCACACAUUAGCACACAUACUCACAGCAACACACAGUCUGGCCUGAUGUCCAGCACACACUCUCAAGAACUUGGUAAUGUGAACAGCAGCCAUAAUGUCAGCGGCCAUCAUAAUCCCCUCCAUUCACACUCACUGUCUCAGGCGCUGUUCAACAGGAGCCUAUCGCCUAGCUCUAGCCAGGCCCCGCCCCCCACCUACCUGAGCUGUCCUUCUUCUCUCAGUGUCUUCUUUAACCCCACUUCUCAAUUGAAACGUUCGGCCGAGCAGCUGUCACCCCCUCAGGACAGUAACGCGCACCCACACACAGCGAACGACCAGCAACCCCGGCCACUGACAGAAGCCACCCACCGGCAUGCCCUGGAGAUGCUUAGCGAAGUGGAUGGUAGUGAGUUUGAGCAAUACCUGUCAUACGGGGUUCCUCAUGCAUCCAUGCAGGGGAACGACCUGAUCUCCUCUGUCCUGUCUGAUGCUAGUACAGCUGUGUAUUACUGUAACUAUAACAACACUUAAAGGCCCUACAGCAAACUACAGUGGAAAAGGCAGUGCCACGAAUUAACUUGAUCUGAUUCGAAUGGGUGGUAUUUUCACAUGAGUAAAAUACGUACAACACAAUUUAUAAUUUGUUGUUUAUAGACAGCAAGAACUGUGUUGAUGCAGUAAGCUAUUUUUAAUUUUUGUGUUAUAAUGCUGUACACAUUCGAAUGACCUAACACUGUCUAAAACUGUUACAACAGCCAGCCGACACAUCCGUAAUAACUAGACUAUGCUGUUCAUAGAAACAUACAAGAGAGGAGAGUUCAAAUGCCUGUUAAAGUGUAGAAUGAUGUGAAUUCACUGGAAUUUCUGGAAUUUGUUUAAUUAAACUUUUUAAAUGUUGUGGAAAAACACAGAAACACUGUAAAUAUAUUAUUUUAUAAUGUUAAAUGUACAGUGCUUGGUGUAUUAAAAUGUAAUUUCAUAUUUUUUGCACUUUGGGAAAAUAAAAGUCUCAAUGAUGA